AUGGAAGAAAGCAUGGGAGUGAAGGUCGACGGCCGCUACUUAUAUCAUCUCCGCUUUGCAGAUGACAUCGUGCUUACACCAAACAACAUCGAGCAGGCGGAACGAAUGCUGGCAGAGUAUGACAGUGUCUGUGGAAAGAUAGGAUUGAGAUUGAACUUAAUGGAGACGAUGAACAUGAGCAACAUUUGGUACCUGAUGCUCCUAUCACUUUGA